AUGUCAUCCAACUCCGACUUUCUUACUUCCCCUCACGGCAGCUAUCAAGAGGCAGCAGAAGCCCUCGCUGCUGCCCAGUCUCGAUAUGUCGCCAACAAUCCCCUCUCCAAGAAACAACAUGAACUGGCCGUUGAGUCGCUGCCAGGCGGCAACACCCGCACCUUGUUACACACUUCUCCGUUUCCACUUUGCAUGAAGCAUGGAAAAGGCACCUUUGUGUGGGAUGAAGAUGGCCACAAAUACACUGACUUUGUAGGCGAGCUCUCCGCUGGCCUCUACGGUCAUUCUCACCCCGUCAUCCGUACCGCCAUUCUCUUUACCUUUGACGAUAUCGGUCUCUCCCUCGGCUCCACCACCACUUACGAAGCCCGCUACGCCUCCCUUUUGUGUCAACGCUUCAAGCUCGAGCGCGUGCGCAUGGCCAACACCGGCACGGAAGCGAAUCUCCAUGCUCUGGCAGCUGCUAGGCACUACACGGGGAAGAGGAAGGUGGUAGUGUUCAACGGGGGGUAUCAUGGUGGUUGUUUCUCUUUCGGGGGAGGUAAGGCGGCGCCGAAUACGGCUGAUAAGGGGGAUUUUGUGGUUGUGCAGAGGUACGGGGAUGAGGAGGCAGCUGCUGAGGCGGAGAGGGUGAUUGAGGAAACGGCGAAGGGAGGAAAUCUGGCAGCGGUGUUGGUAGAGGGGUUGCAAGGUGCUGGGGGGUGCCUUCCGGGCAGCAAAGGGUUCCUGCUGGCGGUACAGGAAGCGGCUAAGAGGGCAAGUGCACUGUUUAUUCUGGAUGAGGUAAAGACUUCCCGGUUGGCACCAAACGGAUUGGGGCAGGAGCUGGGGUUGAGCCCGGACUUGGUCACGCUGGGAAAGUACCUGGGUGGUGGAUUCAGCUUUGGAGCGUUUGGAGGAAGGAAGGAGAUCAUGGACUCGGUCUAUGACCCGAGGGUGAAGGGCAGUUUGGCCCACUCUGGCACUUUCAACAACAAUACCAUGACGAUGUGUGCUGGGUAUGCGGGCCUGAAGGAGGUGUUUACGGAGGAAGUAUGUGUCGAGUUUAAUAAGGUGGGGGAUGACCUAAGGGAGAGGUUGAACGAUGUUGCAAAGGGGACAAGAUUGAGGUUUACCGGAAGGGGUUCGUUGAUUGGGUUGCACUUCAGGGAGGAUGGAACUUUGGAGAGCCAGGAGAGGGCGGAUUUGAGGGAUCUAUUUUGGUUUGAGAUGCUGGAGCGGGCAUUUUGGAUGACGAGGAGAGGGUCCAUUGCCAUGAUGUUGGAUACCCCGAAGGAGGAGCUGGAUCGGUUUGUUGAUGCUGUUAGCAGGUUCCUGGAGAGAUAUGCUGGCAUUAUGACGUUGUAG